CGCGUCCAGCUUCAAGCGGUGCUGCACGUGCGGGCCGGCGUUGCGGGCGGCUGAGCGGAACCUCGUGGCUGCUCCGUUUGGGACACCGGCCGUGGCCGUGGAGUAGCGGAGACGACAGGAAGGCGAUGCCGUUUGCGGGGCUGUGGUGUUAGGAGUCCAUUCGAGGCUGAGAAAAGAAGGGCCACCAGUGUGCGACGAUGGAGGGCCGGACUCGCUACGAGGUGCUUCGGGGCUUGGUGGCCAUGUUGGUGGUGGCAGUAGCAGCAACAGCCAUUUUGGCGGCCCCACUGGUUUCAGCGUCGGACCUUCCUGCAGAGCCUAUUGGCAGCGGAGAGUACUCGGAGUCGGACAAUGGUGAUUACGCAGAGGAAGAUUCUAAGGAUCACAGCAUCUUCGGCUCGGAUUACGACGAAGGAAGCGGAGAUUUCGACCUCUUGCCACCAAUUCCACCACCUCUGAUACCUUAUGGAAUCAUGGCGAAAGCAACUGAGGCAACGGAAACCUACGAGGCCACGACUCCGGGAACACACUACGUGGACAGGACAUCUGCAAAAACAGAGUUUGACGUGAUUUCGGAGCUGGACAUGUGCUACUGUACCGCCAACUCGACUAUUGCACGGGGUCCUGCUGGCCAGGAUGGCAAGGAUGGUCCUCCCGGCUUGCAGGGUCCUCCUGGUCCGAUGGGACUGCAGGGCCCACCCGGGCCACAAGGGCCGCAAGGACCACAGGGCGUUCCCGGUCAACAGGGUCCGCCGGGACAGCCCGGAAUAGAUGGUUUGCCAGGAAUACCUGGACCCAGAGGCUUACCAGGUCCUCCUGGGCAGCCUGGUCCUUCGGCCCCAAGAAUAUUUGAGUUGGACAACGGCUACACGUCAGGACUGUUCAGUGGCGCAGGCCCCUUCAACGGCAGACCUGGCCCGGGAGGGCCACAGGGCUUGCCGGGACCCAGGGGUCACCAGGGCCCCAAGGGUGAUCAGGGGCCUCCUGGACCGAAGGGACGUGACGGGCACCAGGGCCCACCAGGUCCACGCGGGGAGCAGGGCUCGUCGGGAUUGCCUGGUAUGCCUGGACCUAGGGGACCAAUGGGACCAGAAGGACCACAGGGACCGAAGGGUGAGCCAGGAGUGGGCCUUCCGGGACCUCCUGGUCCACCGGGUAGUGUGUAUUCCGUGCCGCGAGACAGUGACCUCGAGUUUGGCAGCAGCAGCCUCUCGUACCUCCCUGGACAAAAGGGCGAGAAAGGAGACAGGGGCUUUACGGGACCACAGGGACCUACGGGAAGGAUGGGCCCCAAGGGCGAGCCUGGCCUGGACGGCAUGCCCGGUGUGCCUGGCUCCAAAGGAGAUCGCGGUGAACCGGGUCUUAUUCACUACCAGGAAUUUGAAGGGAAGACCGUCAUUUUGGAGAAGGGCGAGAAAGGCGAACGCGGCCGUCGAGGACGCAGGGGCCCGCCUGGACCUCCGGGAGCCCUCGUCGACGAGCACGGCAAUAUGGUUGCCCAGGGACCACCUGGACCGAAAGGAGAACCUGGAGAAUCAAUCAAAGGAAGCAAGGGCGAGCCUGGCCAGCCGGGACCACCAGGGAUGGGCACAUUCCUGGGAGCGGAUGGACUUACAUAUGUGACAAGAAAUGAACGAGGUGAGCCUGGGCCACGUGGGCCACCAGGAGAACGAGGACCCAUGGGAUUCCCAGGGCUCAAGGGCGAGAAGGGUGAAAGUGGACCACCUGGAGCUCCAGGCUAUGGAUCAGGUCGCGGAGAAAAGGGAGAACCGGGUCCCCCGGGGCCACCCGGUCCACCUGGGUUGAGCCAUUGGUCCGACACUUCUAACACGAUCAACACGAGAGGAGGACAGAUUGUUCCUGGACCCCCAGGGCCUCCAGGCCCUCCGGGACCACCUGGUCCUGCGUACAUGCCACCCAAGAACACAGUCCCCCCGCCCUCUAUCGUCCCAGGGGCGGUGACGUUCAAGAACAUGGAGUCGCUUCUUCGCAUGUCAGACAUCAGCCCCCUGGGAACACAGGCGUUCGUGCUCGACGAGGAGGCACUACUCGUCCGUGUCAGCAGUGGCUGGCAAUACGUGGCUCUCGGAUCUCUGGUACAGCUGCCCAAGAAGACGACAACGACUACGUCAACAGCAUCGCCACUGUUGCCACCAGAUAGUCUGCGACUCGACGGAUCUGCACCAAAGCUUCGCGUGGCUGCUCUGAACCAACCGUGGACAGGAGACCUACACGGGGUGCGGGGCGCCGACUACGAGUGCUACCGCCAGUCCCGCCAGGCGCACCUGCGCGGUACCUUCCGCGCGUUGCUGGCUUCUCGGGUUCAGAACCUGGACAGCAUUGUGCGAGCUAAGGACGCCGACCUGCCUCUGGUCAAUCUCAAGGGUGAAGUGGUGUUCAACUCAUGGCGAGAACUCUUUUCUGGUGGUGGCGGCAUGUUCCCUUACCCGCCGAGGAUCUACUCUUUCGAUGGCCGCAACGUCCUGACCGACAGUACAUGGCACCGCAAAAUGGUAUGGCACGGCGCUGACGUGCUGGGGUCCCGGGACAUGGAGAACUAUUGCGAUGCAUGGCACUCGGGCGCGCCCGCCCGAUAUGGCCUGGCCUCCUCUCUUUUGGGAUCGCAGGCGCGACUGCUUGGCCAGGAACGCCACUCGUGCGCCAGCAGUUUCGUAGUAUUGUGCGUCGAAGUUACCAGUCAGCAACACGACCAAAUGGAACAGCAGCACGGAAGGCGACGCAAGCGCCACACUGGCGGUGGCGAAGAAGGAGGCAACGGCUCGCUGUCAGUCACGUCCCACGAAAGCGGCAACUCGGAAAAGAAGCCAUCACCGCUGCGGUCUACUUGGGAGGAAUGGUGGAAGUCUCUGUGGCAUUGAGGACAUAACAAAAAGGGCCCAAAGAUUACGAGCAAUGAUAAGGUCCCAUCUUCAUCCAUUGGACAGGCCAGUCAGCAUUAACUUGUCAUCCAUUCGAACAGAUCGACAGCAACGAAACUCCUCUUCUACAUUCAUCAGAGGCCAACUGAAGGUUUUGCAUCGCGGAUUUUAAAGUGCUGAACGAUAGGCAGUCUGAUUCAUUUUUUUUGUAGUCUUGUUUUAAAUUCAUUGAAAGAUAUUUCAUGAUAAGAAAAUGUCAGUCGGAUUUCUUUAAGUUCGUUAAGUAUCGCUGUCUGCUCAUAUUGUAACUCUUUCAUUACACUGACAAGCUCGCGAGUGGCAGAAUCAGAAAGAGGGCCAGGAUUUGCUUCAGUAUCACCGGCUAGCAGCAACAACUUAAACAAUGUGCAGGUACAGUCAUACAAUACUUGCCGCAGCCAACGUGGGCAUGACAUGAUUACUCGUUUUUUUAGCAAACAUGUAGUGGCAGUUGGUUAUCUGCUCUUCAAAGAUGAAAAGCCAGUUAAGUCGAGCCUUAGCUUUCGUGCCGCUAAGCCAAUUACAGGGCGACCCGCUACGCAGGGGCGUCUUAUAGUGACUUACUGUCAUCAUCAAUGACGUGAAAGUUCUUGCCUGAUGAUGUUGCGGAGCCCAUUACUUCCUAAACAUAUAUUUAUGAAACAAAAGCGAUGUUUGUUUUUGUGUUCACCUUAUGAACUUAAUAAUAAUUGCUCGGGUUUUACGUCCCACUUAUUGUUAAAGCCCAGAAAUAGGUUGAAAGUAUGGAUAUUGGUAAGAAGCCUGUUGUGUAAUGGUGGUCGCGACUGUGGUACAGUAAUCACGGUAAAAAAAAACCAGUAGAGUAGAUGUCAUUUUUUCAACAUGGGCUAAUAUGUAUUAACUUUAGGAUUAAUUUAAUCUCAAUGCUUUUGGUUAAAUCUACACGGCAGCGCGGAUAAAUGUCGCUCUGUAAAAAUUCUGGCGGUCAAAAUAUCACUUGAUUCCUAGAACUGUCGCAGCAUGAAGGGAAUGUCCCGUGAAUUACUUGGUAGCGGUCUAAUAGAGAAAGAAAUACAACUAAAAUAAUGCCUUCUCAUAAAAUUUAAUCACACAGCCGUCGUCAAUGCAAUUUCGCGUAUAGCUGAGAUUUGACAAAGGAAAGACAUAUCGUUUAGAACACACGCCGUAUCUCUACAGGACAGUUUAACUGUGUUAUUUAGUAUAGCAGCAGUUGUUGACGUUAAGACCAGUACAUAUCAACAGCAAACCUCAACACAUGUUGGGAGUAACGCCUUGGGAACCGUCCUAUUGUAGUUUUUGCACAGAAAACUGUUUGUGUGUAUAAAAAGUGACACAUCCUGAGCUGCGCUCUCUCGGCUUUUGUUGAUUCAGAUGGCCUGUAUUUGCAGUAUUCGAGUAAACAGCUAUCGAAUUAUAUGUGUUAAAGUGAACACUGUAUACCAAUAAAAUUUGAGCUCAUUAUCGCACAGCACUAUUUUGCUUAUUUUAAAGCAUUGGUAAGCGGAGCUUCUUACAGUGCGUGAGAUUCUGCAAGCAAAUGAGUGGGAUGUGCUUCUUUCCUCUUUUUCUGUACUCGCAAUGCGUGUGAAUACAGAUAGUUCUCGCAGAUAGUUCAAGCAGAUAGUCCUCGCUGGAAGCACAGAAAAGGCGUAGACGUUUGAAAAGAAACAAAAUUGUUUCUUGAACAAACUUUCAUAGAGUAUUCCAUAGAAGUCUUCAUCAGCAAAUCGCAGCUUAGUUCAUUAUUUGGAGAGCUGCUAAACGAUCAACAACUAGAUCCUUGCAUUAUCUAGUUGAAAUAGUCACGAACUAAAGGAACGGAUUUUUUGGUUAUACUGGCAUGUACUAAUCAAAACUUGCUCAUUCAGACUGCAUCCAUCAUGCAGAACAAGCGAUGUUUGUCUGGCCCAAGGCCCGUCACUAUCACGUCAUCAAACCUGGCCGCGUCCGUGCGGCUCUGCGGAAACUCGUCUGUAUGCGUCGCGCGCCUUUUUAUCAAACACUUUACGGUUGGCACAUAUAUGGACACAUAUUCUGCGAACUGCCAAAUGAAGCAGCGUCCUUGUUUGCAUCUAGACCGUGUACAUGUUGUCGCCGAUAACGCGUACUUAAAUUGUUUUGGAUGAAUCAGUGGUGUUGCCGUUGCGGGCGAAAUAUUUCAUCUCAUUCGACGUCAUGACAAAGUUACAGCAAAAAUGCUUUAAUUGAAACAAGACAAGUUAUUCUUUCAUGCAUUAACGAUGUUGCAGUAAGUAUCAGCUUAUCCUGUGAGUAGUAAAGUCUGUAAAUGUGUUUAUGAUCAAGUGCAUUACUUAGCCAACUGAAAAUUCGCUGCUGAGAGCCAAUUACGUGAUGUAUUGCAUAUGAGAAGCUGUUGGUGAAAUAUAUCUCACAAAUUAGCUGUUAGCCGACUUAGUAGAUGAGAUUGCAGUAUGGACCAUAUCAAAAGUACUAUGCCGGUAAUUUUGUCGUAAAAUUGUCCGCAUAUGAGAUUGAAAAAAAAAAUGUCUCCAUAGAAUAUGUCCUUUUGUACAUUCGAAUGCCGUUUCAUGCGAUGAUUGCUGAAGAGUAUAUAUAAUAUGAUAGGUGUAAUAUGCACCAUUUUAAUAGAUGUUUAGGCCAAUAGUAUUGCUUCUUUUUUAAAGACAAAUUCGUGUUGACUGCUAUGUUCAAAACAGCCCUAUAAUGUAUAGCUCCAAAGCAAAGGCAACUGUAGCUCGAUAAAACAGAAACGUGUGUUUAUUUUGUUAAGCAAGAAAUUGCGACCAUGAAAGGGUUUCAGAACUUUCAUCUUCUAUUAUCUUUCAUAAAAUCAUCUGUAGCGGUAAUCGCAUUUUUAACAAAUAUGAAUUGAUGAAUAAUGUAAGUAUAUCGAUUUAGAAUUAAAAAAAAGAGCUAAUACAGUGACGAUGAACAAAAAAAAAGAAAAUGCACGUACGAAGGAUGACACGCCUGUUAUGAUUCGUGGCAAUAUUUUACAUCGUGUCUUAUUUUCUUAAGCCACCUAAGAAUAACGGUCAUUUCUUGUCGGUGCUAACGAUUAUAAUCUUCUUUAUUAUAUAAAGGUCAAACCGUUCCCAGAAACGCAUGAGCUAGAAAUACAACCAUGAUUUUGUUGCCGAAGUUGAUCAACUGCGCUUUUAUACGAAAGAGGGGGAAUUUUAAGGGCUCGUUUUUCUUUGUUAGACACAACAUUAAUUAGAACUGACAGACAGGAAAGCCAAUGAAAGUAUAUGGGAUGUUAUUUGUAGUAAUUAUGACUUAAAUGUGAAGAAAGUAAAGUGGGCGAUAAGAUAAUUUGCCGCUGGCAGGGACCGAACCUGCGACCAUCGAAUAACGCGUCCAAUGCUCUACCAACUGAGCUGCAGCGGCGGUCAUCCCACCGUGCACUUAUUAUGGGGUAUAUAUGUGCAUUCAAACCUGGGAGUGUUAGUCAGCGCCGCUAGUAGCCAUGACGGCGAGCGUGAAGCGCUCUUUUUCUGCCUGCUGGCUUUCUUGUCUCUUGGUACUAACUAAUACUUUUAUAAGCAGGAAUACAUCCAUGCAGCUCCACUCAUAUAUUUAUGAUUUACAAUCUUACUGAUAGCAUAGUUUAACGAAAACAUUAACGCAAACUGAGAACGUGGAAAAAAAGAGGGAAGACAGAAUAGAGUGCCAGACUUUCAACUAGUUUAUUUUCCGCAAAUUACCAAAGUGUUUAUAUAUUAAGAAAUAGGCACGCAGAGAGGGCGUAGCCCAUGCAAACUAUCGCACAGCACUAUC